UGUUACCAAAUCUUUAUUUUUGAUAAACCAGACAACUUUUCCAGUCACAUAAUAAAUAAAAUUAAGCAAGACAACAACUUACAACAUACUUUCCAUUUCUUUUUCCAGAUGCUGAAAACAUGAUGCAAACUGUUGAGACGAAGACAUUUUGUGGAGUAAUUUUCCUCGACGAGGACAUUACAGAAGUUGUGCCAAGGUCAUGGGUUAAAGGUGAUGAAUGUUUUUGGCCAACAUUCAUUUCUGAGGAAAAAACCCAAAAGGCCAUAAAGAGGCAUGAAAUGCCAGGCCCUGGCUGGAAAAUCUUCAAAAUAAGAACACUCUUUGAAAAAGUAGAUGACUUCAGUAAGGCAAGGCAAAAGCUGAAGGACUACAACAGAAAUGGAACGACAGUCCUCCAGUCAGAGGAUGAGAGCUCAAUGACAAAAAGGAGAAGAAAAGUGACACAUUACCCAGGAUUUGAAAACGGCAGUACUGACUCUGAAACUGAGAAGACUCCAAAAAGAAGACCAGAUUCUCGGCCUCGGCCUCGGCCUCGGCCUCAACCACUCGCUAUUAGCGCUACCCUUCCUAGUCUCCCUCCAGCCCCCCUCUUGGACAUCGCAGUGGACAUGGGUCAGGAGUCUCUGGACAACACAGGACAGGAAACCUUUACAGACAUAAGCUGGAAUGUGAGGAGGGAGUCAGACCCCUUCAAUGCGGCUCAGCUACAUGGCCUAUUACUUUUGGAAAACCUAAAGCAGCAGGUUGCCCAACUCGCCACCACCGUGAACCUGCUAAUGGCCAAGGUCAAUAACGGCCUCCAACCAGCAGCCUUUGAGUGGUCCGGGGAAUUUCAUUUCCCCCUGGAAUCAGAUGCAGAGCUGGACCGCUUUGAGACCUGGCUGGCGGACCCUGCCAACGAUAGGCAGAAACAUGCCCUUGUGAAUACCCUGUCUGCUGUCGGGGGUGUAGAUUUGAAGAGGGUGACAUGGAAUAUUCUUUCAUACAUGUUUUCCUGCCCCCUGUCUCGCACGAUUAAUUGGAAGGGUGUGAACAAGAAGAGGGCCUUCCACAGGAUGGCAUCACGGACCCUCCUCAGCCGUGCAGUGCGCAAAUGUGCACUGACAACAACUGCAACAGAAGCAGAAAUCUGGAGGCACGCAAUUCGGUGGUUUGCACUUUCGGCGGACAGGAGCGGAGGGCGCCAGGAGAGACUGGCGCGUCAGCAGCAAGAGCAGCAAUUACAGCUGCCACUGCACCCACACAUUGAUUUUGUUUAAGUGCAUGUUUUUUUUUUUUUUUUUUUUUUGUUAAUUGCCUGUGCGUUUUUUACCCGUUAAUUAGGCUAUAUGUUUGUUGUUGACUGUGUUCUUUGUUUAUUGUUGACUUUGUUCAUUGUUGUUCAUUUUUAUAAUUAAAUCUAUGAAUUCGUGGUCAUUAAUUCUGUGUUUCUUAACUGUGUUCACUUUGUUUUAGUAUGCGUUUUAAUCAUUAAAACGAUUUAGUUCAGCCAUAGCCUAAGCCUGCAUUUCUCCAACUAGCCUUUAUCAAGUCAAGUUAAGCUUUUUAUUAUAGCCAUAGCCUUAGUGAAAAAAAAAUUUCUGGACAUUCCACAGACUGUGAAAAUGUAGGACUAUGUAUAGCAUAUAGGUUACUCAAUGCCGAAAAUAAGGCAAAAUGACAAUCCAGUGGUGAUUUAAGCAGAAUCGUAACACAUCCGGCACAGCUCCGGUAGGCGGAAUCGCUUCACGCACCCGUUACGCAUCUGUAACGGGAUGAUCAGGCGGUGCUGGAUCGGCGCUGGCACAUAUCCGCAACAACCCCUAAAAACAGACCAGAAACGGCUUCGGCCCGAUGUGCGUUUGGACUCAGGAACGAGUCCGUGAGGCGGAAGCGGGCCAGACCCGGCUUUAUCGUUUUGCGAUUGCGGCCCUGUUCCGUUACAGCGUCCAGUGGCUA